UAGUUUUUUUUCUGUUUUUAAAUCCGAUUCAGGAUCAAUAUCGCACUACGUGUGUACUUGUAAGAUACACCGAUACAAUGGAUUAUAUGCCUUAAGCUUAUUUGCGAUACUAAUAGUUCUUUACACGCUUAAAGUUGUCGAAUUACCCACAACCCUCGUUGGUUUUAACCUUUCUUUCGUCGUUAACAUAAAACUUCUUUGUGUUCAACCAGAGAGGACUGUCAUGGGGAUUAACAGGCAGAAAACCUUUUAAUAAUUUACGUUUUAAUGAUAGUUUCAUUUUUUAUCACACAGAGGAUAUAGCAGUAAAUGAAUUUUCAAUACAUGGUACAUGGUGUAAGUGAUUUGGUUUUCAAGUUAUAUUAGGUGGUUUAAACAAUGGCCAGCGCAACCAGUUCGUCAAAAGGAGAAUUCCACAUUGGUGGAAAAUACAGACUUGUUCGGAAGAUCGGUAGCGGUUCAUUUGGAGAUAUUUAUCUUUCAAUAAAUAUUGCGAAUGGAGAGGAGACAGCUGUCAAAUUAGAGUCACAGAAAGCCAGACAUCCACAAUUAUUAUAUGAGAGUAAACUGUAUAAAAUUCUUCAGGGAGGAGUUGGUAUCCCACAUAUACGAUGGUAUGGCCAAGAGAAGGAGUACAAUGCCCUUGUUAUGGAUUUACUGGGACCAAGUCUCGAAGAUCUCUUCAACUUUUGUUCAAGACGAUUCAGUAUGAAAACAGUGCUCAUGUUAGCUGAUCAGAUGAUCAACAGAAUAGAAUAUGUUCACAAUAAGAAUUUCAUCCACCGUGAUAUAAAACCAGAUAACUUCCUUAUGGGUAUUGGAAGACAUUGUAAUAAAGUAUUUUUAAUAGACUUUGGCUUAGCCAAAAAAUAUCGUGAUAGUCGAACAAGACAACAUAUACCAUACAGAGAAGACAAAAAUCUCACAGGCACUGCCAGAUAUGCCAGCAUCAAUGCACAUUUAGGUAUUGAACAAAGUCGUCGUGACGAUAUGGAAUCUCUAGGUUAUGUGCUCAUGUACUUCAACAGGGGAACUUUACCAUGGCAGGGACUUAAGGCUGCUACCAAAAAACAAAAAUAUGAAAAAAUUAGUGAAAAGAAAAUGUCCACUCCAGUAGAAGUAUUAUGUAAGGGUUAUCCAGCAGAAUUUGCUAUGUAUUUGAAUUACUGCCGAGGAUUGCGGUUUGAGGAAGCACCAGACUACAUGUAUUUACGUCAGCUGUUCAGAAUCCUGUUCCGAACCCUAAAUUAUCAGUAUGAUUAUGUAUUUGACUGGACAAUGUUGAAACAAAAAGCGGCAGGGAGUUCAUCAGCAGCACACGCCUCACAAGCAUUAGCGACAGCAGGACGGUGAAAGGGCCAACCAGUCUUUCCAGGGAUCUCGUUCAACAAUCAAACUGUGAUCAUUCAUGAUUGAUUGAAAAAACUUCAUAAUGUACGGAGUGCUUGUGAAUUAUCAUACAGUCAUAAUUCAUCAGAAUUCAGUGCAAGACUUGCCCUCAGUGAGGAAGAGUAACAUUGAAAAAAGUUAUUUAUAAAUGAUCUUAGUCAAAACUAAGGCAUUCACUGAAUAAAACUUUGAAAAUUGUAUCACUGUUUUGAAAAUACUUUGUUUUCUUUGGAAGUUUUGUCCAGUUACACGACUUUCAGAAUUAUUUUAGUUUGUUUUCAAGAUUGGUUUUCUUUUUUAAAAAUAUUGAUGGAAUGAAGAAUAGAACUGCAGGAAAGAAGUGCUGGAUUCUUACAUUUUUGUUUUAAUAGAUAUUUUAAGAAUUAUGGGCUAGUUUACUUAGGUGGUAGAAUUUAUCAUUUUGAGUCUCGUUUUGAAGCCAAACUCAAAAGAGAGAAUUACUGGUAGAAUUAAUUGACAGCUGAGGGCAUUGAAAUUAAGGUUUUUGUCAAAGCCCUGACAGACAAAACUUCAACACUACAUUUCAUCUGCACGAUAGAACAUUAACCUGACACAAUACAGAAAGACAGUUUACCGAAAUGUAUUGUUGGCAUUGUGUCUUGCUCUGACUGAAGUUGUUGAUUGAUAAACCACUUUCAUUUAAAAUUAGUUCAAAGUUUUUAAUUUUGAUUAUAGAAUAAUGGGGAAAAUUUUCAAUAUUGUUCUAAGAUGUAUAUUUUCUUUUAGUGAAACAUAUCCUUUAUUAAAACUUGUAUUAAGAGUAUUAAAUAAAUUGGGAGUUACUUCCCUUACUGUUCAUGUCACUUUUGCCGCAUUCAACACUUUGCCAAUAUCCAGUCGAUGUUCUCUUGUGAUCCUGGUUGUGUUUUUGUUCUGUCCUGUGGAUGUUUUGUUCUGUGUCCAAAAAUUAGAUAUACUGAUAGAUUAGUUUUUUUUAUGUAUAAAAAUGAGAGUAAAUGGCACCAUAUGCUGUACAUCAAAACUAGACUGGCACACAGAGUUAAAAUACUGGUGCAUUUAUCUGUCAAAGAUUUAGUUGAUAUAAUAUUACUUUGUAAUUAAAUCUGGGAAUUUUCUAAGACAAAACAGCUUUGAAUUUUUAUUGUUUUUUAUGAAGUGAAGUUUUUUGAGAAGAUUCUUUUGAAAAUAUAUGGCAGGGAUAAAAGUUCAUCUGACUAGGGUUUCGGAUGGGAGUUCAGCUGAAAGUGAUGGGGUGGGGAAUUAGGGGAAGUUUUUUUUAAAACUAUUAAUAUAUGCACCCACCAGUCAUACUUAUUUUAAUGCAGACAAUAGACAAGGGUUAUUUGGUUGUGAAUAUUCACAUUAUUUUUUGUAUCAUGAUGUUUGUUUUUGUUCACACAUAUUUUCCUGCAUAUAUUUAUUUUUAUACCCCCACCAAACAUGUUUGAGGGGGGUAUAUAGGAGUCAGUUUUGUCGCGUCCCGUCCCGUCCCGUCGCGUCCCGAAAUCUAUUAUCUCAGUUAUUACCAAAUGGAUUUGAUUCAAACUUAAAAUACAUGUUCCACCUUAUCACCCACAUCAUGUGACACAAGGUGCAUAACUCUUGACACCAAGUUUUCAUGAAUUAUGUCCCCUUUUACUUAGAAUUUAGGGUUAAUUUUGCUGUAUUUUCACUCUAUCUCAGUUAUUACUAAAUGGAUUUGAUUCAAACUUAAAAUAGAUGUUCCACCUCAUCACCCACAUCAUGUGACACAAGGUGCAUAACUCUGACACCAAUUUUUUUUAUGAAUUAUGCCCCUUUUUACUUAGAAUUUAAGGUUGAUUUUGAUGUAUUUUCACUAUAUCUCAGUUACUACUGAAUGGAUUUGAUUCAGACUUAAAAUAGAUGUUCCACCUCAUCACCCACAUCAUGUGCCCACAUCAUGUGACACAAGGUGCAUAACUCUGACACCAAGUUUUCAUGAAUUAUGUCCCCUUUUACUUAGAAUUUAAGGUUAAUUUUGUUGUAUUUUCACUAUAUCUCAGUUAUUACUAAAUGGAUUUGAUUCAAACUUAAAAUAGUUGUUCCACCUCAUCACCUACAUCAUGUGACAUAAGGUGCUUAACUCUGACAUAAAUUUUUUAUGAAUUAUGUCCCCUUUUACUUUAAAUUUAAGGUUGCUUUUGAUGUAUUUUCACUAUAUCUCAGUUAUUACAAAAUGGAUUUGAUUCAAACUUAAAAUAGAUGUUCCACCUCAUCACCCACAUCAUGUGACACAAGGUGCAUAACUCUGACACCAAUUUUUCAUGAAUUAUGCCCCUUUUUACUUAGAAUUUAAGGUUAAUUUUUAUGUAUUUUCACUAUAUCUCAGUUACUACUGAAUGGAUUUGAUUCAGACUUAAAAUAGAUGUUCCACCUCAUCACCCACAUCAUGUGGCACAAGGUGCAUAACUCUGACACUAAUUUUUCUUGAAUUGUGUCCCCUUUUACCUAGAAUUUAAGGUUAAUUUUGAUGUAUUUUCACUAUAUCUCAUUCUGAUUGGCUUAGAGCCAAAGGGAAGUAACCUUUUUUUAACUUUUGUAUGGAGUUUCUUCCUCUUAAAUUCCAGGAAUUAGUCUAUUUUUAGAAAUCCUAUUUUUAGAUUUUCAAUAUUUUAGGUAUUUUUCUAACUUUUUUAUUAUAAGUCCUAUGUAAAAAGUAAAUACAUUUUUCUGUGGUAACAUGGGUUGGUAAGACACUUUUUUGUAUUCACUUUUAGUGUAUCUCUAAUAUUAGAGAUUUAAUAUAUUUACUAGUAUUACUAUACUAGUAUUAUACUAGUAUUACUUACAUGUGGAAGCCCAGGAUGAAGUACUCCAAAGACUAAGUAUUUUUAAGAUUUCUUAUGGUUGCCAUUCUUCUGUGACAAGACCGUAUGGUGGGGGUAUGAGUCACUCCUGUGACAGUUCUAGUUUAAUUUAGUCCUGGGGUAAAUGGCAGUAAAUGCAGUUUUUUUGUUUUCCUUGGUUUAGUGUUUUUUUGACUGUUAGAAGAAAAUUCAUUAAAAUAUUCUGUAAUAAUUUUCUCAUUAUCAAGUUCAUCAAUAAGUUCUGCAGGGUUAGUCUUGUCAAGUUUUUCACUUUUUCAUUAAAUUACACUUUUAAGAUAAAUAUUAUUUUCUUGAGAAGUAAGUAUUCCAGAGAUAACCUCUUGUUAAAGAUUAGAACUUGAGAGCAGUCUCAGAAAUCCAGCAUAUGAUUGGUUGAUUAUGUUCUUACUAUCAAAAUGAGCUAAUGGCAAUGCCAAAUUUUCAGACGGGUAUGCAGACCAUGUUUCAUAAUUUUAAAACCAGUCUGAAACUGAAAAAAAAUCUUAUAAUUCACCAAGACUGGUCUGCAAACUUAGUUUUGUAGUCUUUAAACCAGUCUGAAAGUGAGAAGAAUUUUAAAAUUUACCAAAAGCAAAGCUUAAUUGUGAAACUUGUCUUAUAACCUUGGAGCUACUCGGCUGCAUGUCCAUUUGUAAUUCUUUAUUUUUAAAUAGGUCAUAAGGAAUGUUUUAUAAUGCAAUAAAACAAACAAAAAGAAAUCUUAAUAGAAAUGUAUAAUUGUUACAAUGAUUGAAACACAGUGUUUUAUUUAUGCCACAAUUUUUUGUUGUUACUUUGAAUGUAAAUAUGAUAGAUGUGUAAACUAAAUAUAAUAUGUUUAAUUUAUUUUGUUCAUUUGAAUCGUCAGAUUAUGUUUGAGGGAUCUUAUAGGGUGAAUAAUUGGAGAAAAACAAAACAAAUAAACUCAAAAGGUUAUGAAGUUUUUGUAUAGCUUGUUGGUUUAGCUGAAGUUAAAAUUUUAACAAGCACAGUAAAGAUCAAUGCGCAUUAUACACACUAAAAUACAGUAGUAGAUUUUUGCCAAGUGUGUUAAAAGGAUAUAUAAUUGAAAGUAUAUUUUGUAUUUGUGUGUAUAUAAAAUUCCCGUGCUAAGAUUUUAUAUAUGAGGGGUUACAAGUUAUCUAGCUAUGUAGUGUGACCUAAGUAUGGGGGUUUGAAAGGAAGUCACAGCAUGUAUGUUAGUUCUCAGUCAUGUUGAUACAGGUGUUAUAACUGUUAAGCUUUUUAAAAAGCUGUAUGGCAUUUUGUCUUUUGUUACUAUAUACAUGUAUGUAAGUGUUAUAUUUUAUUUUGAAAGAAGAAGACAGUUUGGAAAAUUUUGGAGAAUUUGAAUUCCAGUGUUGUUAGAUACAUACAAUAUCAAGCACCAUUCGUGUUAUUAAGGAAACAUUACACAAAAUUGAAACAGAAAAUGUCUUUGUUUUCACUUUUUACUGCAGAAAGAAUUGUGUUCAGACAAUAUUUGUUUGAUUUGUGUACCAUUGGCUGGCUUCAGAUAAAAGCUGUACACCAGUAUGCUAGUGUAACUGGUAGAAUUUAAGCAAUCCAAUAAUCGUCAACCACUUGAUAAAUUUCCUUCAUGACAGUUGAACAAAUAAAUUAUGUUAAAGAUAUUCUCUGUCCCAUGUGGUCUCCUCCAUGUUGGCAAGUUGCUAUUCUGAUCUGUUGCAUGUAAGGAAGUUGUAAUGGAUGAGCACAGAAUUGUGCAACAUUAAGGAAGUUGCUGAUUACUUGCUUAGACCUUGUUACUUAUGGUCAGAAGUAUACUUGUACCAAGUUACAUUAGCUGCCAUUUUGUGAAUGCCUUUAAAUUUGAAGAGGCAUUUAAAUGAAUAAAUGUUAUACACCUAGAUGGUACUGUUUAAUCCACCUUUCCUUCAGAAAGUUUUCCUUGAUUUCUGUUUAAAUAUAGGACAAGACCGUUUAUAAGUUGAUCUAAAGAACUCUAAGGGUGGUAAUAGGAACUUAAAUUCUCAAAAUAUUCUGAUCAUUUUUUCGUUAAUCAUGGAAAAAAUGAUUUUGAUAGUGUAUUUUCUGUGAAAUGUUUUCUUCUCAAAAACUUUCAUUUGCAACAAGUUUACAUGGGCCAUAAUUUUUCACAGGGGGAAAAUACAUUUUUGCCAAAAAAUUUACAUUAUAAAAGAUAUACUGCUAAUUUACCUUUAGCCUUCUGGCGGCAAUUGAUUCUGCCUUUGCGACCAGUGCAGACGAAGAUCAGCCUGCACAUCCCUUAUUAACAGUUAAUGGUACUGUCCAAAUUGUAAGAUGGACAAGUUCGUUAUAGAAAAUUAGCAGGGUAAGGGUUUAAGGAUCCAAAUACCAACACUGGAUAAUAUAUAAAAUAUAUCUAUACUUUGCAAAAUAAAGCUACAGUUUAUGAAAAACCCUUUACUAGAUUCGGUGGGUGAGAUAGUAAGUUAAAAGACAAUGAACAACACUGCUUAUACAAUAUCAGCAUUCAGAUUUAUGUAUAAAUACCUUUAACAUAUACAUUUAACCUUUAUUCACAUUAUAUUUUGUACAUGUUUUAAUUUGAACGACGGUUUCUUAUACUAGUUUUACACUGUAUAUAAAAUGACAGCAUUUUAUAAGUACAAGUUGUUUUUAAGACAUUUUGUUGUUGAGUGAACAGAGAAUUGCCAAAAGCGUAGUCAUUGUAAGUUUGUUGUUACUGUGAAUGGGUUGGUGAAACUGAUAUAAAUAUCCAGUUAUUUAAAAAACUGGUGAUGUGGUAUAGAAUGCUUUUCAAUACAUAACAAGAAUUACCUCCCUUGGUUACCUUACAGUCUGAAUGUAGUUUUACAAUACACUUUCCUAGUUUGAUGAUACUGCAAUUAGGUUUUACAUGGAAUUAGAAAACUGCCCAUUCCUGUGAUGGAGAUUUAUUUACACAGUGUAUUUGGGUUUUACGGCGCACCAACACAGUAUAGGUUAUAUGGCACCAAACAGGACUACAAUUUUUGGUUUCACAUCUUAUUUACAUCGAAAUAAAAACAUGAGGUAUGGAAUCAAAAUUUGCAUAAUGUGAUGGAGAAGUCUGGGAAAUUCUCAAAAAUAGUGGUAAAUUUUUCAAAUACAAUGUCCUUUUUAGCUUGAUGUUUUAAAAUUUUCCAAAUAGUAGAGCUUUUGUAAUUACCCUUUGUCGAUGUUCACUUCUGCAUCACAAAAGUUCAGGUUUGCAUGUACGCAGGUUUCUCGGAAACAACUAGGCGAAAUGCUUUCACACUUCAAUGAAUUAGAUUCCUAAAUUAAAUAUUGGAUGUACUCUAUUAAUAAUGCUGUUUGGAAUGGCAACCAAGGGAGAUAAUUUCUAAUUGUGAAAAAGUUCCACUGGCAUCUAAUACUUCUGUUUUGAAAAGAGCAAGAUUUUAGAAUUAGAGACUAUUAUUUUUUAUUUGAUAUGUUUUUUUCUCCUUUUUACAAGAUUUAAAAGAGAGAAAAAAAAUCAGAUCCAAAAAAAAAAAAAAAUUUGUAUGGCGGUUAUUUUACUUGAUUUCUUUCACUGAAAAUAUUAGCUCAGUCUUCUUUGUAGCACAAUUUUUUUUUAUUGAGAACUCACUGUGUGUGUUGACUGUUUACCUGUAUUGUUACUGGUAUUUUUGUUUCACUUUAUUUUGCUAGAGAUAGUUAAUUAUUAUUUUGUCUUAAAUUGUUGUAAAUAAUUGUAAAUAGAUUGUCUGUAAUUGUAUCAGAAUGACCAGAUUAAAAACAAUGAAAUGAGA